AUGGAGAAAGAUUCACCCGCUGACGAAUUGAUUAAAAGUUUCCCCCCUGGUGGUGAAAAUUAUGAAAAAACGGUUAAACAGUUAAAGCUACGCUAUGGCAGAGAAGAGUUGCUCGUCGAGGUUUACGUGAGAGAUCUGUUAUCUAUUGUACUAUUAAAACAAAAGUUGCAAAAAAUCCCCAUAUGUAAACUGUAUGAUAAGUUAGAAACGAAACUAAGAACUUUAGAGACUUUGAGAGUGACCAAGGAUAAAUAUGCAGCAAUGUUGUUCUCUCUAGUUGAAUCUUCUCUCCCUGACGAGACUUUAAAGGCAUGGGAGCGAUUCCGAACUACACAUAGACGAGUGAGUGAGGAGGUGACGUAUAGUUUAACAACCGAGGAAAAAGAUACCCCUUCAAAUAAGAAAAUGCCAAGUAAUGAUCUAGAUCGGGUUUUAGACUUUCUCCAGGAUGAAGUGGAGGGAGAAGAAAGAAUUUUGUUAGCAUCCCAAAGUUUUGAUCAAUCUAAAAAAUCCAGCUUUUCCAACAACAGUCGAGAGUCUAACGAGAAGAAGUUUCAAACCAGAGUAUCAACAGCAACUGAUCUUUUGGCAUCUAAUCUCAAUAAGAAUAAGCUCUGCAUUUUUUGUACUGAGGAACAUAAUUCAUGGAACUGCAAAAUAGCUUCUAAACUGACUUUGCAUGAAAAACAAAGUGCUGUAGAGAAGGCCCGUUGUUGUUUCUUGUGUUUGAGAGAGGGACAUGGAGUGAAGACGCGCCGUUCCAACUGCCAAGUAUGUGGGAAGAAACACCAUUUAUUUUUGUGUAGUACAUUGUCACCAGAACCCAAUUCUUCCUUUGUCACUACAGAUGUUAAAGUUCAAGAAUCAGUGAUACAACACGACAAAGCUCUGGCCAACUUCUCUAAAUCUUCCAAUGUUUUCCUACAAACGUUAAAGAUUCUUGUAAGAGGAGAAGCCACUAAACGUAAAGCUCGAGCCAUCAUUGAUUCUGGAUCUCAGCGGUCGUAUAUUUUGAAAGCAACAGCUGAAGAAAUGAAUUACAAAGCCAAAAGGAGAGAGUAUUUAAACACUCACUGUUCUGUGGUUCCAAUACCUUACCCUGCCAACAUGAUGUAUUUGGAUGGUCCAAUUGAAAUUCUCAUAGGAGCUGAUGUUGCAGGAAAGUUGAUUACCGGAAACCAUCUCCAACUGAAAAAUGGAAUCACUGCAAUUGAAACAAAGCUAGGUUGGACGGUUAUUGGACGUGCCAAUAACCCAUCUGAAAAGAAGACGGCAGUUGAAUUACAAGAAGCAGCGAGGCAGCAUUUCUUAGACACAGUUAAAAUAGAGAACAAUAGGUAUGUUGUGAGUUUACCUUGGAUUGAGGGUCAUCUUCCACUUCCUGAUAAUUUCGAACUUUCUGAGAAGAGAUUACGCAAAGUUGUAAAGAGACUUAAGACCAAAGGACUGUUCGAAGCCUAUGGAGCCCUGUUUAAAGAGUGGUUAAAAGAAAAUAUCUCAAAAGUUACAAAAGACGAGGUUAUUCUCCCUGCACAUUAUUUACCACACCUUCCUGUUUUGAAGGAGAAUUGUACAACCAAAAUCAGACCUGUAUUCGAUGCUUCUGUCAGACAGAAAGGUGCCCCUAGUCUCCAUGACUGUUUAGAAAUUGGAGUUAAUUGGAUUGAAUUGAUAUCUUAUAUCGUUUUCGGUUGGAUAAAAGUUGGAAUUAUUCCUGAUAUUCGCGGUGCAACUUCUGUUGCAUUGUUUCCAAAACUGCUGCUACAGAAAACUUGGGAGCGAAAAUUGAAUUCAGAGGAAGAAAUGGACUCUGAUACUAAACAAGAGUUUCUGAAGUGGAUGAGAGACAUAUUUCAUCUCGAAAAGGUGCAAAUUCCUCGAUAUUUAAAAAAUGGUAAUGCGAAUGAGAAAUGUUCUUUGCAAUUUUUCAGUGAUGCGAGCAUGUAUGCUUAUGCAGCAGUAGCUUUUCUUCGAGUUGAGACGAGUGAGUAUGUCAAAGUUCAGUUGUUAAGUGCUAAAAACAGAGUUUCCCCAACGGGAAAGAAGAAGACCGCUAUUGUAAGACUGGAGUUGUUGGCGGCUACAAUCACUGCACGCCUUGCCUCAUCUAUCACAAGAGAGAUCCCGCAGGAAGAAAUAUAUUUGUGGUCUGACUCAACGACAAUGAUUACUUGGAUAAAGAGAGAAGAUGCUUGGAGUACCUUCGUACAAAACCGUGUUGCUGAAAUCAGAACUUGGACUUCCAAAGAAAAUUGGAGACAUGUGCCUGGUUCGUUUAAUCCUGCCGAUCUACCAAAUAGAGGUUGUUCUGCCAAGAAACUAGUGCAAUCCAGAUGGUGGGAGGGCCCUGACUGGCUACAUUUACCUGCUGAUAUGUGGCCUUUCUCAGAUGUAGUAGUAGUCAAGGAACCUAAAAUGCAAAAAGAGCAAGCUACUCAUGAGGUGUCGCAGACACGAGAUCCUGUAAGUCCCAUUUCAGAAACUAUUAAAACUCGGUCUGGAAGAAUCGUCCAUGGAUCAAAAAGAUUUGAUUUGAGACUUUGUGACUUGUUGAGUUGCGAACAUUCCCAACUGAAGUACUUCUGCACAACACCAGCAAAAGGGUAUUUGGUCAGAGAUUUAGUGUAUCAAACUUGA